UUUAUUCUAUCGAAACGUGGCAGUCAACGGGGCGCUGUUGGCACUUGCUCAAAUGUCUUUACGCGUGUAGUGUGAUAGUAUCGUAAUUGACACGAGUGAGGUGGUUUAAUAAGAAUGAAGUGGCAAAUUUUACUCGCAGCAUUUGCUGCAUUUUGUACCGUAUAUGGAGAGGAAGGGGAAGAAGCUGCCAGGUUGUUAGUAUCUAAACAAAUUCUUAAUAAAUAUCUAGUAGAAAAUAUGGAUAUUAUAGUGAAGUAUACAGUUUACAACAUUGGUAAUGCAGCUGCAUUAGAAGUUGAAAUUACCGAUAAUUCUUUCCAUCCUGAUCACUUUACUCAUGUAAGCGGAGAGCUUAAUGCUAGAAUAGAUAGAGUACCACCAUUUACAAAUGUGAGUCAUACAGUGGUUGUACGACCACGUAAAUUUGGAUACUUUAACUUCACAUCUGCCGAAGUUUUAUAUCGGCGUAAAGAAGAUGCAUCUAGACUUCAAGUUGCAGUAAGCAGUGAACCUGGCGAAGGACUCAUUGUUUCAUUUAGAGAUUAUGAUAAACAAUUUUCAUCCCAUGUGAUUGAUUGGGCUGGGUUUGCUAUAAUGACUUUACCAUCACUAGCUAUUCCAUUCGCAUUAUGGUAUUCCAGCAAAAGUAAAUAUGAAAAAUUAUUGAAAACUACAAAGAAACAUUAAGUGUGUGUGUUUUGUACAAAUAUUAAAUUAUAAUAAAAUCUAGGUCAUUUAUAAGAAAAUUCACUUGCAAUGUUGUAAGAGAUUUGACUGUUCCAUCGUUUGUGCAUCUAUUUUUAUAAUAGAUAUUAUUUAUAAAUAUUGCCAACUUUCUACUAAAUGAUAAAUGCAUUUAUAUAUUUGUAAAAAAACAUCUCAUAGAAAUAUUUAGAAUUUAUUGAUAUAUAUCAUUUCUCUAUAGAGUUAUUUUUUAUUUUUAAAUAAUAGGAAAAGUAUGAUAAAUGAUCCUAUUAUCUUGAAAUGUACAUGUAUAAUUUGUUGCAAUUAAUUUAGUAUCUCUUAUAAGCAUAGGAAAACUUAAAAAAAAAAAAAAAAAAAAAAAAAAAAUUAAAAACUUGUAAGAACAACUUUUAUUUAAAUUUUCAUACAUUUUUUUUUCAUAUUUUAUCUAUUUUUUGUUCACACGUUUAAUGUGUCUUAUCGAAAAAAUAAGUAAUAAAAUAAGUUUUUUUUUUAAUCUUUAUAACAGACAUUAUGUGAUAUAUAAGUACACGAGAUUUAUAUAUUAUUAUAAUUUGUAAAAUGAUACAAAAGUGAUUUUCUGUUUUACAUAGAAAGAAUAAACACAAAACGGUUUUUUGUUCUCAUAAUUAUAAGCGUGAAUGUUCGACUAGGAAGUAUAGAUUGCCAGUCAACAAUAACCUCUAUUAAAUAGUAACACAAACAUCAAUCACACAAUUUGAUAGCUCCUAUUAUUGAUGUGUUUAUACAGUCUUGAUUACCGUACAAAAUUUUAUAGUAUAAAACUAUAUUACAAAAUGUACAUUAUGCAUAUUUGUAUGCAGAUUUUCUAUAAGAACUUUUACAUAUAAUAAUAAUAAUAAUAAUAAUUAAUAAUAAUAAUAAAAAUAAUAAUAUAGAACACUCUCAUCAAUGAUUUUAUCACUGACAAUUAGAAUGGUUAGUUUACAUUAACACAUAUAUUUUUUAUUAACCAUUCAAUUUAAAGUUCGGUUCCGUCUAACUGAUGGCGUGAAAAGACCACGAGGAUCACCAUAGACUGGUUCAAAUGCUGAAAAUGGUCUUAAUGGUGUAGUCGGACUUCGAGGACUAGACAUAUUUGAUGUAUUUAUAGUAGUAGAAUAUGGUGUGCUGGUUUUUCUUAUUGGUGGUGGACAUUUAUCAGC